AUUAGAAGAGUAUGAACGCACAUUGAGACUCAAUGAUUGAGUGUUUUAACAACAAGAAUCACCGAAUCAUACACAACGGAGCAGUUUUUAAUCAACAAUCUACAUAUACUAUGUACUUAUUUAAAUAGUUUACGAAAUGAAUUCGACGUUAUUGUUGAAAAUUAUGAACGGACGUCAGAGCGCUUUUCACUAGAAGAGUCUUACGAUCGUGCGGUUUGUACGGCGGAAAGAAACGGGCUCGUUGGUAGGCCAAGAAUACAAGUCACAGAAGAGCAGUUAACCACAUUGCUUUUUAAGUUUAGAUAUAGGUAAAGAGAACCAUAUUGGUGUCCUAGUAAUAAAUUUAUGCCACAAUAGUCCCUAAAUGUUAGAUCAAAAAUGUAGUGUGAAAUAUGAUAGUGUGAUGGCCUCGUGUUCAGUGGCACAAUUUAUGCUUGUGAAAAUAAUGUUGUAUUUGAUAAGCCUGAGAAUAAAAAAUAAAAACCCACUUGUAUAUGUAUAAAUGUAAACCUAAGAAAUAUAAGUGUAGGUGUAGACUUUUCGAACAUAAAAUUGGAGAUGCGUGUGUGAAAUUGUAUCUGUAAAAUAUCCUGUGGUGUAAAAAAAUUUGAUCAUACUCAAGGAGUAUGAUCUCGCUCUACUAAAAAGCUUGUAUGGAGGCAUGUAAAAUAUAUAAGGCGAGAGAAGGAGAUAGCCAUGUGUGUAAAAUUCAGUAUCCCUGAAAGGCUGGCUGCGGCACAGACGCAUUAUUUGGUACACACCGUACAUACGAAUUCUGAGUACGUGGUAUUCGGAAACGAGAAUUCAGUUCUUCGGGUAACGAUGUGAACUGCUGCACUGAACCACCUUGUGAUGCGUUUUCUUCACGUGUUUGCGAAGAAUGCUGUAAAUUGGUCACCGCGCUUAAGAUUGACUGAACAAAAUCCUGAACAUUUGGUCUUCUGCCCUAGCUGUCUCUCUUCUGCCUAGCCCUAGUUUGGCCUGCAGUUCUACCCUUGUUUUUCAAUAUGUAUUCACCAGCUUGGCGCCACUACUUGGCACGCGCAAUUUUGCUGCGUCGCUCAACUUCCGUUUUUCCGAUUUACUUCCGCUUCCUCAUCUUUUAUUGGUAUUUACUUCCGUUUCCUCAUCUUUUAUUGGUAUUUACUUCCGUUUCCUCAUCUUUUAUUUGUAUCGGUUUAUCUUUUAGUUGUAUCGGUUUAUCUUUUAGUUGUAUCGGUUUAUGACAUCGAUGUAUUUGCACAUAACAUCAAUGUAUAGCACAUAACAUCAAUUUAUAGCGCAUAAACUCGAUUGAUACAUUUCAGAUAUUUUGUCCGCUAAAAAACUUCAUAUAUGCGAGUCUACCAAAGGGCAGGAAAAAUGCCUGCCUAAAUAAUAGGAAUAACUACAGGAAAAGAAAAAGAUUUAGUGUAAGAAACGGCUCAAGAUAUAAGCUCAGAAAUUUCAUCGAUUUUUGUGCCAAGAUGAAGUUACAUUUAGUUUACUCUCUCAUAAUUUUUAUACACUUUUUCUCGAGUUUCGUCAAAGCAAGACUGCAUGCUUCCGAUCCCGUCUUUCCUUCUUUUUUAUAAUCAGGUUUUUGCUCAUUUGCUUCUGGUUUUGAUAUAAUCUUGGUAUUACUGGUCGAGCACUAUCGUCGAUCUCCAUAUGGUUAUGUUACAUCAGUUACUUAUAUCUCUGCUACAUUAAUUUGGUCUUGCACGGAAUAAAUGUAAAAGAUGCAUACCUGUGAGGGAUAUAGUGAUGUUAGAAUUACUUCCUGCUCUUAGUUUUGCCUCCAUGCGAAUGAUAUAUGUGGCCAUAUGAUGUGGUUGGAUAUUCGAACUUCGAGCUGCUCGAAUCUUCUGCGUGAAUUCGUACACUUCUUGUCUUAUGUGGGCAAUGCAAUUGGAAUCCUGAAUAGACCGGGCCGGUAGGAAACAGAGAGAAUUCGGUAGAGUGCCGGGAUUAAAAAGCAAUCCAGCGGUAACACCCGGAGAAAGAAGAGUUGUUAAUUUUAUGUCAGCUACGUCCAACCAAGCAUGAGUUGUUUCGUCCCAAUACCUCGCGAUAUUGAGAAUACUUGCUGGAUCAGCUAAUUGCACUUCGUGUAGAGUCAUCUGCAGUUUGUAUUUCACUGCUCCACGAGAAAUUCUUUGUUUGAAUUCUUGCUUCAAAUAGUCUUUCGCUCUGGUUUCUGAAGACAGUCGCUCAUUUCUCCUACAAAAUAAAAAAAAAACAUUUGAAAAUAAAUGUUUUGUAAGGGACACUGCCGUGAUGCCCUGCGUACUGAUAUACUGUGCCCAUGUUGUGCUCCCAGUCGGAAAUAAUGCCUGAGCUGCCCUCUUGUAAUUUUUUAUAACAAUUUUAACCGGGCCUCAUCAUCAGGCCUCAUGCACCCCAACCCCUUUCUUAUCCCACUUGUCUUAUGCCCCAAAAGACAAAGUAAUACGCCUCAUCCACUUUAAUUGUGUAGUCAUGUGGGAUACUAGUUGGAAUUAUCAAUAUAAAGUUAUACCAAAUAUGUCUUUGGUCAUCUUCACUCAGCAACCCCGUUUCCAUAGAUCCAUCGGCAGGCAUCAAUCGAAAUCUGGCGUAACGUUUCACAGAAUCCAACGCUCUAAAUUCCACAAUAAUUUCAGAGUAAUAUCGCUGAUCAAAAAAGGAAUCUGGCGCUCGACGUAAACCAUCAAUGUUGCUGGCGAGUCUGAUGUUGUAGAGAAAAUAAAUUUAUUUAUAUAGUAGCUUUGGCACUUACAAAAUGGAAUAUAUACAGUAUAUAUUAAGUAUUAACAAUGAAAAAUUAAGAAAUAGAAUAAUUAAAAAAUUAAUUUGAGAAGAAGGUCAACUGUCGAAACUGAUUGGGCUGUUAAUCAGGGGUGUAGCCUAGACGAAGGAGGCUAUGUGGGGUUGAGUCCCCUUGUUUGGAGUUCAGGAGACCUGAGCUGGCUGUCAUCCCAACAUUUUUCAAGCAAUUUUAGCAAAUGUCUUUCUUAUUGAAAUUUGACGAUAAUCCUUGGUGCGGAAUAUCAAUGAAAAACCAAGCAUUUACACACAAUAUUUCAUCAAUGUUGCGUUUCUCCUUGAGAUUAUGUGGCAGCAAACAAAUGCAUUUUGGAAGAAACUUUAUUUUCGAUCUUGUUUCAGCGAAGACGUCUUGAAUGCUAAUUUCGCGAUUGAAACAAGUAUACAGGUGGUGAGGUAUUUCAAGUAAUGCCCACUGAAUUAUCUAACAUGGAAGGCUGACUCCAGCUCAAAAAGUGAAGCCAAACAUGGUGGAAAUUGAAUGCAUUCUUGCGCGUCAAUUUCAGUCACCUUAUACAUGCGCGGUCGACUAAACUUGUAUAUUUGUUCGAGUAUUUUAUUUAUUUUCCGAGUAAAAACCUUGUAAAAACAGACGAAAUUUGAAUGAAAAGUUGAAUUCUGAUGUUUUGUUUGUGUACAGUUCUAAAUUUUAAUCAUUAUUUAUUUAAAAGAUGCGAUAUUUGAGUUGGAAGGAAGAAAAAUAGCGCAAGAUUGUUGUUUUUAUAAAUGACAAAGAGUGACAAAACAAAACAUAAAUGUCACUCAAUAUUUCAAAAUAUCUCUAUUGCCCUUGUUGACAAGGGUUUCAAACACAUAAGUAAUUCAUUAAAAUAAACCGUUAGUGAUUUAAUUAAAUAGGAAAUAAAAAACAAAAUUUUCUUACAUGUAUGGUAAUUUCGAAAUCUCGGCACUACAUCGAUCGAGCAAAAAACUGGGCGAGUGGAGUCUGCAGAAAGGCUAGCACAUCAAGAAUAGUGUGAAGCUAGCACAUCAAAAAUUUAUUGGGAAAUGUUCUCAAUAUGUAGAAACUCCUGUUCGUUCUUACCGAUCUGGGCUAUCGAGAUAAUAAUCUUUCAAGUUGCCACUCCAGUUAGCUGCAAGAGCAUCGUAAAUACCCUUCACAUUGGACAAUGGGUUACCUCUUCCAGUCGACAUUAGAAUAUCUAAUAAACUUUCCUCGUCACUAUCAGCAAAUCGUAUUGAAGCACUUAGAAAAUCCAACAUGGCGUCAUCUUUGGAUUUAAGAGUUGAAUGACGGAGGCACACAGGGAAUGAUUUUCCUGGAGUAAAGAACUCACAUGCUGGAAAUUGUGGCUCAGGUACGACCGUUGCGACACCUCGUGCGGCGACGCCAGUAGCGUGUGUUGGUCGUCGCCCAGUGUACAGUACUGCGGCACCGAAAAGCAUUUUGAUCUUCUGUUUUUCGAGACUCAAUUUAACUCCAUCAAAAAUACUUCUCGGUGGAACCUACAAUAAUAGGAAUAAAGGCGGAUUACAUUUUGAAGUACACUUGUCUAUUAACAAGCAGCUUGUUGAUGCAGGAGCAGUCCAGCAUGGAGCAACUUAGCAAACAAGACGCUCCAUUGAGCGUAAAGUCGCUGGCUACCGCAUAUGUAGAUUUCGAAAUACUAUACGUGUAAAGUAUGAUUGAGUGUUAUUUUGUUAUGAACAUAUUUAAAUACAUUAUAUGGUAUGCAAAUAAUUAUUUAAACAGAUUUUGGAAAUUGUCGGCAAACUUGAAGACUAGUACUAUCAUUUUUUGGAAAAUCAUCCAUGGAAUAAUUUGAAAUUUGUAGUAAGUAUAAACAUGCAACGGAAUUUCAUCGUUUGUAUAGAAUAUAGACUGACUUAUAAAUGAAACUAUACCAAAAUUUCUUUAUAGAAAUUCUGUAGUGUGAAGCCUUAGAGCCUUUGCUAUUAUGAACUCUUGAAAAUUCGGUAUUGUUGAAAGACUUACCUAAAUUGGAAGGUCUCAAAGUUAAACGCUGUUUUAAGCCGCCUGGAUUCAGCGAAGUAGCUUCAUCCGAGUUACAUCAUUUCUCUGAUGCUUCACAGCGUGGCUACGGUGCUAUUUCGUAUUUACGAAUGAUCGACGCGAAAGAAGAAGUUCACUGCGCGUUUGUGAUGGGCAAAUCAAGGUUGGCACCGUUGAAAUCAGUUACAAUUCCACGGUUGGAAUUGUCGGCAGCUGUCUUGACAACGAAGUUAGACAAGACGAUUAGGAAAGAAAUCGAUAUUCCAAUGAAUGAUUCGUUCUUCUGGACGGACAGUACGUGUGUACAAAAUUUCUUUAUAGAAAUUCUGUAGUGUGAAGCCUUAGAGCCUUUGCUAUUAUGAACUCUUGAAAAUUCGGUAUUGUUGAAAGACUUACCUAAAUUGGAAGGUCUCAAAGUUAAACGCUGUUUUAAGCCGCCUGGAUUCAGCGAAGUAGCUUCAUCCGAGUUACAUCAUUUCUCUGAUGCUUCACAGCGUGGCUACGGUGCUAUUUCGUAUUUACGAAUGAUCGACGCGAAAGAAGAAGUUCACUGCGCGUUUGUGAUGGGCAAAUCAAGGUUGGCACCGUUGAAAUCAGUUACAAUUCCACGGUUGGAAUUGUCGGCAGCUGUCUUGACAACGAAGUUAGACAAGACGAUUAGGAAAGAAAUCGAUAUUCCAAUGAAUGAUUCGUUCUUCUGGACGGACAGUACGUGUGUACUAAGUUAUAUUUCGAAUGAAGACAAGAGGUUCCACACUUUCGUUGCAAAUCGCGUGUCUACAAUUCACGAUGUAUCAUCACCGUCUCAAUGGAACUACGUUGAUACGAAAUCUAACCUUGUUGACGACGCGUUGAGAGGACUGGAAAUAGAGGAUCUGGUGAAGAACAAACGUUGGCUGGAUGGACCAGAGUUCUUCUGGAAAACAAAAGACUGCUGGCCGAAACUGGAGAUGGACGAUGUUUCCAAAGUUAAAGAGGACGAUCCAGAAAUAAAGAAAUACAAAUCUCUGGCAGUCACAACUAAUCCCGCCGCCAUUUAGAACAUGAGUGAAAUAUUUGCCAGAUUUUCCUCCUGGUACCGUUUGAAAAGGUUUGUUGCCUGGCUGCUGCGUUACAGGUCGGCAUUACGUAAAGCUCGCGAAAGACGUUCUCGAGGGGAGCCUGUACCGAAACACACAGAGAUUCAGCCGAUGACUGUUAAAGAGAUGCAAAAAGCGGAACGCGAAAUCGUCAAAGUUGUACAACAACAAAGCUUCCCAACUGAGAUUGCAACUAUUCGAAAGAAAGAAAGAUCCAAUGCCGAAAACAAUGGCAACUCGAGAGCAAUCAAACCAUCAAGUCCAAUCUACAAGCUUGACCCGAUCUCGAAGAGGGACGUUUUAUGCGUUGGAGGACGUUUGCGAAACGCAACACUCUCAGAUGAAGCGAGGAAUCCUGUGAUAUUACCAGAAAGUCAUCCUGUCGUGAAAUUAAUCAUCGAGUAUUACCACGACAUUUCUGCCCAUUCUGGUUUGGAGCAUGUUCUAGCAUUAUUAAGAGAAAAAUACUGGAUUGUUGGCGCUCGCGUCGCAAUCACGAGCGUACUAGGACGGUGUCAUGAUUGUAAGAAGAGACGUGAACCUGUUGGCGAGCAAAAGAUAGCAGAUCUUCCGGAAGAUCGUGUCACGCCUGGAAAACCACCUUUCACUAACGUAGGCGUAGAUUGUUUUGGGCCUUUCACAGUGAAACGCGGUAGAAGUCAUGUGAAAAGGUACGGUGUAAUGUUCACUUGUUUGGCGAUUCGAGCGGUACAUAUCGAAAUUGCGAACAAUUUGGACACUGACUCGUUUAUCAAUGCCUUGAGGAGAUUGGUAGCGAGGCGAGGUCAACCUGAAGAGAUAUGGUCCGAUAAAGGGACGAAUUUCGUUGGAGGAAAUAGAGAGUUACGGGAGUCCAUCAACUUGUGGAAUCAAGAGAAGAUCAACCAGUUCUUGACGCAGAGAAAUGUGAAGUGGACUUUCAACCCACCAAAGCAUCUCACCACGGAGGUGUUUGGGAACGUUGUAUUCGUACGGUAAGGAAAGUUCUGAAUGCAAUUACGAAAGAGCAAGUGCUUGACGACGAACGUUUGUACACUCUCAUGUGCGAAGUCGAAGCAAUUGUGAACGGCUGACCAACUACGAAAGUCUCGGACGUUCCUAAAGAUCUAGAAGCCCUCACUCCAAACCACCUGUUACUGCUCCGGAAAGGAUCCCACGUUCCCCCCAGUGUAUCUACCAACAACGAUACCCAUUCGCGUCGCAGAUGGAGACCUUGCAGAUAUCUUCUGGAAACCUUGGGUAAAAGAGUAUCUACCACGUCUGCAAGAACGACAGGAAUGGACCAACACUCGAAGGAACUUUUCCGUGGGAGAUAUAGUGCUUCUCGAAGACGAAAGCUCGCCUCGUUCACAGAAUAAAGACAUACAGAAGUGUAACUUCCAUUACAAAACCGUAAGGCGCUUUUUUACCGAAAUAGCUGGCGGCCAUGUUCUUAGCAAGUGCCCUAAAGAUAGGCAUUCACCCCCCUGGAAUAUUACAUUUUGAAUAUGUUUUCAGGGGGGUGACUGCCUCUCUUUAGGGCACUUGCUAAGAACAUGGCGGACUGAAAAAAUCCCUUACGCACUUUUAAUAAGAAGAUACACUUCUGUAUGUCUUUAUUCUGUGCCUCGUUGCAGCUGGCCGUUGGGUAGGAUAGUCGACGUUCACCGCAACAGUAAAGAUAAGCUCGUGCGAAGUGUCUCGGUGAGAACAAAAUCUACAAUCUUGGACCGACCGGUGGCGAAGAUAGUCCUGUUGGAGAAAGUGGAACACGUGGAAGGAGAAGGAAGAACCAAGUGAACGGUUUGAUAUUGCAUGAACAUAUUUGCAUGUUAUAGAUUUAUUAAUAGAUAAUUUUACUUUUCGAUCCAUUUAUGUUUGGGAAAUGCUUCACAUAAAUAGUUUCGCAUUUAGGAGCCGGUAUGUUGGAUCGGAAAGCGAAAUGAAGGUUAAUAAGUGCAUCAUUGUGAAUGACACUUGCAUCUGUUAAUGAUCACAGAACAGUCGAACAUUUGUUAGUAUAGAUAAUCAGCCUUUAUUUUAUCUCAUAAUUGGUUUAAUAUGACAAGUGUACAUCAUGACACGCAAACCAGUGCAUGAGUCAGUAUAGUUUUGUAAUUCAAAGACAGAGGACACUGCUAUAUCUUUUAGAGGAUAUUUAUGGUAAAAGAAUAGACGAUAAAGAGUGACAGGGAAAACAUCUUCGAACCACGUUUCACGUUUAUGUCCACGGUUACUGUGCGUUUACACGUUAAAGACUUUUGUUGAAAUUAUAUACUUGAAACUAUCGUCUCGAGUUUGCGAUCGUGUAUUUCGUUGCCGUUGGUUUUGUCAGAAUUUGUUUAUAUUCUGAACUAUUUCGCCACGUGCGUUUGGAGCGUUUUCCAACUGAUUCAUCAAAUUUUCUGACUAUACUCACACGUAAGCCUACGAACUGAAUUUGGUCCUCUCGUUUAGAAGUAGUGAGGCUUACAGGUAUUGUACGCGUUUUCAAAGUAAUACGACCAGUUUUAAUAAUAUUUUAGUUUUAUGUCACGAAAACUAAAACAGCAGAUAGAAACAAUACCAUGCCCUUGCAUGACUUUCCUAUUAUUGUACAUUUACACUUAAUAACAAGGAAAAUGAUGUGGUUGACACCUGGAAAAGCAAUUAAAUAACUCCGUUCGCUGACAAACAGAAUUUCGCAAAAUAACAAUAAUGAUGCAAGUCCAGUAUUUUCCCGUUUGCAUUCCUCUCCCUCCAGUACUUAGUGGCCAUUCUCUCAAAAUUGGGCCUGCUAUGUACGCCAGGACUGCCUUUGCUUUCUAACUUUUUUCUGAUUGUAACAAAGGAAUAGUUUAUGCCUGAAAAUAUACCGUGACAUCUUCAUGUUUCUAUGUUAAUAUUUCUUUUUAUUACCUUAUUUGCUUCUUUCAUCAUUUUUUCAAAUUCAUCUUCGCCGUUGAUCUCUUUAUAAACUUCGUAACCAAUAUUUUCCCCUAAACAGCGGAACAGGAAGGUUUAUUAAUAAAUUACCAUGCAAAAACCACGAGAUAGCAAAUAUGUAAAAAUGUAGAAAAGUUACUCAGUGAUAUAAUUAACUUAAAACUAAAUUCCCAUUAAAAUUAUAAUUAAUAUAUUUUGUUGAUAUUUCUUCUAUCUUAGGACAAAUAAAUUCGAACGUGCAUGAUGAUAAGCAAAUAGCAAACAGCCAAAAAACAUGAGACAAGGUCGUGAGGCAUUUGCUAUAGGCACAACAAAUUUUGGUUUAGGAAAAUAUCAAAUGAUCCCUUGAUGGCAUGGUUUCGCGGCCUGCAUGCAGAAUGUACUCUCACCAUAAGACAAGCUAAGCUUUUUCAGUUGAUCAAAUAUUAAUAUUUGAAACAAAAGUGCUGUACAUACGUUCUGUUUACCAGAACAAACACGAUGAUAUAUGCCGGCUUAACAAGCUCAUAUUUAAUUAGCCAUGUCAGAGGCCCUUGAAGAGACGGUUUUUCUAAAUCCUAUUUCCCCGCCAUUUUUUUACCAAAUCCCAGUUUCAACUCUAAACUUAAACGAACGACUCAGAGCAAGUGUUUCACGUAGGUGUUGACUUUCAAACACAAUAUUGUGCGUUCAAUAGGUCUCUUCAGAAAAAAAAACUUCACGAAGUAAAAUGUUUAAAGUCUAUAAAUAAUUGUCAUUUUCUGUCACAUACGAAGUAAAUCACAGAUUCACAAUAGCAGAAAAAUUACCUCGUGCAGUCAGGGGCGAAACUUCGGUAUUACGAUUGGGAGGGGGGGUGAGUUAGCUUGUUUUGCCCGACCGAAAGGGCGUGUCCGAAGUCGUUCCCGGCGGACGACCAUUUCAGUCGCUAAUUAAUAUUUCUUUUCCCAAAUUGUUGGCGGGAGGGAGGGGUAAAAAAUUUCCGGACAAGCAUUUUUCACUAACUUUCGAAAUAAUUUAUCGUAAUUUGUAAAACGUUUUAGUAAUAUUUUCGUAAAUUUAUCAAAAUUCUUUCUACAGUUAUUACUUUUCAAUCCGAGACACUCAAAUAUUUUCAAAAUUUGCCCGACGAAAUUGUAUGGGUAUACCCGACGAGAUAGAGACUAGGGGUGUCAACCUCCCCCCCCCCCUCACAUACCCCGGUAGUUUCGCCCCUGUGAGCGGUCGAGCCAGAAAACGGCAGAAGGCAGUCUUUCCUGGCAUUUUAGACAAACUCUCAAUCAAACGUUUCUUCAUAGCUUCCUUAAAGAUACAUACAAGUGUGCAACUACAACUACUCUCUUUAGGAUGGUAUAUGGGGUUUUCCAUUCCCUUUCCCAUGUUGGUCAUCCCAGUUCCAAUAAGCCCAGUCGCAUUUGCCUAGUUCAAAAAUAAGCAAAUCCCAGUUCCAUUUGACCCCUUCAGGUCCUCAUAUUAUGCCAUUUUUAUCAUGUCAAAAAUGCUUGUUUGAUUUCAAAAAUCAAAAGCUCAGUUAAUAUCGCAUGAAAAUGUUAUUGCAAUUUAUCAAUAACACUUAUAUUUAAUUAAGUGGUUAUAGAUACCCUGCAUAACCUGGGCUACAAUCUUGUGCAAAAAUGAUUGAGACAACUAAGUCAUAGUCUCCUACCCCCUCUCCCACAAACAACGUUGGACAAACGAUACUAAAGUAUAUUGUCGGAUCAAAUCUUUUUUAAACACUGUGUAGAGCGGCCGGGACAACUAAACACGGAAAUAGAACGAAAUGUCAAAAGUCUCAUUAUUUUGCCCGAGAUUAUCUGAGAUCGAACCCCUGGGAGUUAACUGUCCAAAAUUUAAAAUUUUGCCAACCUCUAGCGGUGAAGUUGACAUUUAGCGUAAUUGACAUAUACCAAUCAAUUAACCAAAGUUUUUUGUCCCCCAAAAUAUAGAAAUUCCGCGAGGAGGCUGCGCGGGAGACUGGGCAAGAGAAAAUAAGCUUUUCUAAUGAAUUCUACAUUUAACUAUGCAUUUACUUACUAAAGAAAAAUCGGCUUUGCGUCAACAAUAGAAACCAGGCACCUGGAGAAAACAUCGCAACCUACCUAACGGAACUGAGAACAAUCGCCAGAAAUUGUGCACAUGACUCCAUUACACCAGACGAAAUUUUACGGGAUCGUCUUGUUUUAGGCAUUCGUGAUGACCACGUCCGAGAACGUUUAUUGAGAAUAAACGAUCUCACGUUGCAGAGAGCAGUCGACACUAUCAAAGCCGCGGAACAAACACAGCAACAAGUCAAGCUCAUGAGCACCGGAGAAGAUUUUGUAAACACGCUGGUGACAAACAACUGCAACGCCUAAAAACCUGCAAGAAGGAGAUCUUUCGUACAGAGGAGAACACCGUAAAAUCACCUGAAGAGCCAAAUUGCCUGUAUGGUUCGGAGAUCAGCAAAGAACCGUUGAACUUUAACAUUAUUCACGGAGAUUAUCAACCAGUUUUAUCAUUAGAUACAAGCAUCGCUCUUGGCGUUGUCAAUUUGACCACCUGUGACAUUUUGGCACUGACAAUAAAGCCUCCAGAAGACAACUCGUAUGUUUGGCAAAGGCCAAUGCAUGAGUUUGCUCAAGAUCUUAAUGGAGUUGAAGUCAUAGCAGAUGACUUCCUUAUCGCGGGAUUUGGAGAAACUGGAGAGGAGGUCGAUCGAAGCUUGGAAAUGAAUGAACGGGCAUUUUUCAAGAAAUAUUGUGAGUGGAACCUCAAGCUGAAUAAAUCGGAGGGGAAGGGGAAGCGAUCACAGACAGAAGUCCGUUUCAUGGGACACCUCAUUACCGCCGAUGGCCUCAAAGCUGAUCCAGCAAAAGUCGAAUCGAUCUUAGACAUGCCUGCCCCAACUGACACAAAAGGCCUCAAAAGAUUUCUCGGGAUGGUAAACUAUUUGGCAAAAUUUUUACCUUUAUUGUCGGACAUGACCGAACCGCUGAGAAGACUUGAAGGUAAGGAUGUAGAGUGGUGUUGACUCGAACAACACCAGCAAGCGUAUGACACUGUCAAGAAGUCUCUAGCCAAAGCACCGGUCCUGAGAUACUACGAUGUCAGCAAGGAAGUUACUAUUGAAUGUGAUGCUAGUGACACUGGCCUAGGUGCUGUCUUAACGCAAGACGGACAACUCCUUGUUUUUGCUUCUCGAGGGCACUUACAGAUACAAAUACUCGUUACGCCCAGAUUGGAAAAGAAUUACUAGCGAUUGUCUGGGCAACAAGCAAAUUCGAUAAGUAUAUCCUCGGCCGAGAAACCGUUACCAUAGAAUCCGAUCAUGAACCGCUUAAGGCAGUUUUCAUCAAACCUAUACAUAGCUCGCCUAAACGGUUGCAGAGAAUGCUGUUGGCCCUCCAAAAUUACAAUUUCAACGUGCAGUACAAGAAAGGCAAACUCAUGUGGAUAUCGGACACCCUGAGUCGUGCAUAUCCGGCGCGGAUCCAGCCUAAACCCUGACCGUGGCUCAAUCCAAAACCGCGCAUAAUUAGGGGGGUCCGGGGGCAUUCCCCCCCGAAAAAUUUUUGAAAUUUGAACCCCGGAAAUGCCAUUUCCUGAGUUCUGAGCAUCGAAUUCUGUCAUAUAAUUCGUCAUUAAUUACGCCAUAUUUUAGACAGCAAAUAACGAAACGCACUAAAUAAGUCAAAUAUUUAAACAACAUAUCAUGUUUUUCAGCGAACGUUACAACAUUAGAAUGUUACAAAAUCACUGUACUUACACAAAACCACAAUUCUGUACCGCACGUACUGUUCCUGUGUAUUUCAGGUUCUUCGUAGCAAAAAAUAUCCAAUUAGGGCUGUACAUCGAACUCAAUCAUGUUGGCGUUUCAGUUGCAACGUAGGUCUUUUACGGGGUGGGUUUUUUUAGCUGCACAUCGAUACCAAGUGUCUUAUUCUCGAUCAUUCGCUUAAACUGUGUAGCACGGAGAGUUAUCGUUGUGUGAACAUUGGAUUUUUCACCAUGCUGACAUAGUUUCUGGACAGCAGAAGCACUUGGAGGAAGAGCACUGGUCAUCAAUCGUUGGAGCUCGCUUGUAUUAUGCGUGCUUUCACUGCCAAAAAGAACACAAGUGACGCAAAAACCACCGUUUGCCACAGCAGAGUAAGCCAACCAUGGAAAUCGUGAUAACCAUGCCAACCGGAAACGUCUACCAAUAUUUUCGCGUGGAGGAAAAGAAAAAUCAGAACCAGGUUUCCAAUGGCAAUGAUUGCACAGAAUUUCGUACUUUUUUGAAUCAGGAAGACUGGACACCAGAUUUACGUAGUUUACAUAGAUAUCAUCUGGCCACGAAUUGGUGGAAGUUCGUUGUGUUUUGGUGUUAUAUUUUUCUGAGGUAGGACCAGUGUUGGGAGUUACAGAUGAAAUUCCUUUACUAGUGCUGGGAAAUUUGAUUUCACUGUCUACAGUUUCUUGUGUGUUGCACGCUCGUUUCACAAGAAGCGCAUCGAUCUAAGCUAAUUUGUUUUCUUUUUGGACCAGUCGUCUGCUUUUUAGUAAAUGUAGUCACUUGUGUAGAGGAAGGAGCAGAAAAAACUUUAGUAGAAACUUUAGGAGAAACUGUAGGAGGAACUUUAGGAUGAACUGGCAUCGCAGACUUCAAUAAGAUUGGAAGGUGUGCUUUAAAAUAAUGGUCUCGUGGCUGAAGUGCUUUAACUGGUUUGCACAAGGUAACAAAAUGAUUUUUGGUAGAUAGAAUUCUUCGAUCAACCAAAUAAGACGGUGGCAUCGCAGCACAAUGAAAGAUAUGGACAUAUCCAAUUGCACUGCCAUCAAGAUAAUCCCGUGGAUAUACUGUAUUGUACAAUUGAAUCCAAGGAAUCCCAAUUUUCUUUCACUACAGUAUCAUUGGUGAGUGGGUGUAGAAUGACUGAAUGGCACACUGAAUUACUGUGGACAAGGCAAACAUGCACACCAUGGAUGAGAAUGUGUAAUUUUUUGCAGCUUCCUUUGCUUCUUCUAAAACUGCUGCAUUUCAUUACAAUUCUCGAAAAAGUAAGAGCUGCAUCAGAUACACACGUGGCAAAGGCAUUUUUAAGUGUAGUGAACGCUAUUACGUUUUUAUGCUGGGACUCAAUGAAGGAGUGGUUAGCAUAGUAUUUGGCAUUCUCAAACAGUUCAAUACUGGUGAGGCAUCUCAAGUGAGCAGACAAACUCUCAUUCCCGAUUAACACAAUAGAACAUGCAUUAAAGAGACAAUGAAGUACUGAAAGAUAUCUACUUAAGAAGUACUUAAGUAUCAAUGGUUAUUUUAUAUUAUUUUGUAAAUAUUCAAUUGAAACUUUUAACAGAAUGUCAACUUCUUUACACCACACAGUAAUUAUGUGAUUAUACUUUGCAAACUUCGCUCAAAUUAUCUGGAGAACAAAUGUUAUGCCUUGCCAUUUGAGAAAUAGCAAGGAACCAUUUGUUUUUCCAAAUGUUUUCCCUCCUUUUGCUUGUAUAAUAUAAUUUCAUAUAACUUUGUGCCGAAAGGAUAAUUACUAGAAUUAGUCAGGGUAACCAAUAGAACUAGAGUUGGUUUUAAGGUAAGGACUGGAGAUUAAACUUUGGGAUCAUUAAUAUGGAAAUUGAGCCAUAAUCAUAAUUAUUUUAACAAUGAGGCCCCCUACAAUGUCUUUGUGUAAUUUGAGUAACAUUCAUACCUAAUUUUAAGAAUUUUUUAUCACUGCACAUUUUUGUGCAAAGUUUAGCCGAGCGGAAGUCACGCCCUCAAAAUCUGUGAACACAUCCUUUUCACAAUUGUAACCAAAAGACAGGCUACAAUUGAUAUAUAAAAUGAUCCCAAAAUCAACAUGCACUGCAAAGCGCCCAGGGCGCCCCCCCCCCCCCAAGGGAAUUUGGGGGCCCAGGGCAAAAAUUGAGUUGUGGCCCCUCCUGAUUCCAUCUUCUAACACUAUGAUUAAGAGGAACCGGGAGCAUUCUCCCCGGGAAAAUUUUGAAAUCUCAUCUCCCAGAAAUGGCCAAAUCCUGCAUUCUGGAAGUUUGUUGGCAGUUAUGCCUAUAUGUAUAUUUCAAUGUAAUUGUUUUUUGGGCCACCUUUAACUGGGGUCCAGCGCAAAUUGCCCCCUCCUCCUGAGCGGCCUUGACAACAUAGUUUGAUAAUCAUAUGCUUGCAGGAACGAAAUAUUUUCGUAUUGGCGAAUAAGAAGGCGGCUUAGAUGUGACAAACUGUGAAAGAGUUCCAGGGGCAUGCACCCAUAGGAAAUUUUGUAAUCUAGCCUCUCUCAACGGGCCUUUUUUCAAUGUGCGUGUAUCAUUCUUUAAAAAACUCAUUAACAAUUCAUGAGGAAAAUACAAAAGAAAUGAAUGUUUAAUCAAUGUUUGUAAAUCGGAUACAGAUUUGUCCUGAUUUACAUAAACUUUAACUUUGAUUUUCUCGGCUUAGACAAUAUUUAUUUUUAAAAUUACUUCGCCAAUGAACUCAUAAGAUGGGUCGAGUUUGUAUAUCAGAUAAAGAUCGGCUGCUCAUGUUUUAUCUAGUACGUAGAAUCCUGAAGAUUAUACACUACACAAGUAUCAUUCACUCCAACAUCCAAGCGCUUUGAUGGGAGACUUUGUUCAUUUGAUGAACCUUAAGUAUAAUAUUAUAGUGGUGACGUUCGAUAAUUUGGCAGUUAUUAUUUCAAUUUUCAUUCAAGUUAUUCUCAUUCAAAAUGUUUUGAUUAUUAAUACUUUCUAGUGACAAGACGAGUUUUUAGUUCAGUUUUUUCGGCUCAUUUUCUUCAUAAAAUUAGCAAUCAGUUAUCACGGCAAAUUUUAUCACUGCACAUUUAAAAUUUUAUCACUGCACAUUUCAUUUUUAUCAGUGCACAAAUUGGUUAUCACUGCACACUAAAAUUAGGUACAGUAUGGUAACAUUAUGAUGACAUCAAAUUCACAGCUGGCCUUGACUAACUCAUGGGAUUUUGUUGCAGUUUUAGAUUCGGGAUUAGGUUUUAAUGUCAGGAUUAGGAUCAGGAUGACAUCAUCCACAACAACAUCAAUAUUCAUGCACAACAAACACCUGUGAGAUAGUCACCCUCCAGGGGUCAGUUGUUAAAAAUAUUUGCUGUGUUGGUGUAAUGUACUCUGGUGAAUAAGAUGCUUGUGUGAUGUUAUUAGAAUGUUAGGGUUAGUAAUCCAAGUGAGAAUAUAUACAUUUUAAGACCUAACCAGGAACGACUGCGCAAAAUGCAGCACAAGGUCCUCUGGUAGGAAAUGAACCUACUGCCCUGCGAUUCCUACCAGAGGACCUUGUGCUGCAUUUUUCGCAGUCGUUCCUGGUUAGGUCUUAAAAUGUAUAUAUUCUCACUUGGAUUACUAACCCUAACAUUCUAAUAUUAAUUCCACCAAGUGAAGUGCAAGAAUCCAUAUUGUGUGAUGUUACUCUCACUGUAUAUCCACACCGGGCAGGCUUGAAAAAUAUGCCUGGCCACGGUGGGAUUCGAACCUAUGACCUUUGGCAAAGGCAUUGGGAGAGCAUUGGGCUAGUAUUCCAAAGGUUGUAGGUUUGAAUCCCACUGUGGCCAGGCAUAUUUUUCAAGCCUGCCCGGUGUGGAUAUACACUCAGAGUAACAUCACACAAGCAUCUUAUUCACCUGAGUACAUUACACUAACAGUCCAACACAGCAAAUAUCAUGAUUAUUAGAUUACACUGAUAUUGAAGGAACUAGACAGUCUAGACUCAGUUCCAAAGUAUUGCAUACUCGAACCGAUCUGACUGCAUAGCUCAGUUGGCAGAGCAUUGGGCUAGUAUUCCAAAGGUCGUAGGCUCCAAUCCCACCAUGGCCAGGCAUAUUUUUCAACCCUGCCUGGUGUGGAUAUAUACACUCAGAGUAAUAUCACACGAGCAAUUUAGAACUAUUUCUUCAGAAAUCUUGUCUGGAUGAAUGAAAGUUUUCUUCAAAGCUUCGAAGUAAACGGGCAUGCAGAAACACACAAACAAAAACACUAGGUUAAAUUUUAACCAAGGAUUAGCCUUAGCUUAGAACAACCGACCCGGAGGCGCUAUAUUUAAAGCUUGGUGAAACCAAAUAGACGACUAUAUAGACCCAAUACUGAAGUAAACAUUUCAUUUUACAGUCGACAAUCAAAUGUUGUAGCCGUAAACUGUAGCAAAACACUGAUAACAGUUUUAAACAGAGUUUUUACUAAUAUUUCACGACUACAUAGCGGAUAAAUGCAAUUUAUAUUUUAUUGACAACCGCCAUGUGUUCGAGAUCAUAUUACUAUUUCACUAACAAAAAUUUACAUACAUACAAAUUUGCAUGCACAAAUUAUUCCCUGACCCCAGCGUAAAUGCAAAUUUAAUAUAAGUCGAUUAAAAAUUCUUACCUAACAGGAACAUUAGGCCCAGAUCUUUCAGUUUGGCUCUUGGAGAACUGCAGUUUUGAAAAUUCGCACGUUGGCAGCACGAUGUCGCCAGUAGAUUUUAUACGGCGCAGCCUUUCUUCAGUGAUAAAUUCAUCACAUUGUUGCCUCAAGAGCGAUAAUUCCCCUGAAAUAUGUUCGCUUAGGUUUGCUUGUUGAAAGAUUUCGACGAGCUUGCUAAGAACAUCGACUUUUUUUAAAAGCUUCCAUCCUGAUAGCAUCCAUGUAGCUUGUGAUGUAUUAUUCUAAAUCCCGUCAAGUCGACAAGUAUCGAACUUUAUUGUUGAUCAUUUGUAUUGCGCAAUCAAAAUAGAGCCACCGUGGCAGACCGUGGCGCACAUGACCACAACUUGCCCUGUGAUUGGUUUGCAACGCUGCACCGUGGCAGAAAGUUACUAUAUUUAGUAACAAUUGCGCAAUUUUUUGCACGCUGACCGUGGCAUUUUGUGGCUGUGAUCGCAGCUUCGAAUUUACGACUGUUUUCCGAACAUAUUCGGCACAAUUCGGCACGCUUUCGGCGGUUUUUAUAGUUCAGUGUUUAACUGGAUAAUUAUACUAUUGAACAAGGAAUAUAUUUCGGAAGUUUUUCCUGCUUUUAGCACAUAUUACUGUAAUAUGAGAACAAUUACAAAAGAUAUUAUUCAAAUUGUUUGCUAUAGACCUAUAUUUGCUCAAUUUUGCUGUAUUUCAAAUAACUAAUAUAUACUUCUUAAAAAUGCGUAAUGCAGUCUAAUGCAGUAUCCAACAAAGGUGAACCCCGGAAAAUCCUGGGUGGGAAAAAUCUGACCGUGGCUCGAGCCACUUUUGCCACGGUCUGGAUCCGCGCCAACACAACAGGAUCUUGGCGUCAUGACACGACUGAGGUACGAGCCCUGGAAGAGAUCGACCAUGCAGAGAAUCUGUCUAUUUCUCCAGAUAGAUUAGUUGAGUUCAAGCGCGAGACACCGUCAGAUAAAACCAUGCAGAGUAUCAUCGUCGCGGUAAAGAAUGGCUGGUCUACAUCCAAGAGACAGUGCAGCCAUGCAGGACUUGGCACCGUUCUACGACAGAACGCUGGAGAACGUUUAGUAGUUCCAACAUCAAUGAGAAAAGAAAUGCUGACUCAGAUUCACCGAUCUCAUAUUGGCAUAGAAGGAUAUCUUCGGAGAGCCCGUGAGGUAUUAUACUGGCCACUCAUGAACGCAGAGGUUAAAGAUUUGAUUUCUAAAUGCCCAACAUACCCAAUACCAUUCCGUCCCUGGGAAACGAUCAGUAUGGACCUUUUUGAGCUUGGAAAACAGCACUUUGUUCUGCUCGUAGACCACUGGAGUGGAUUCUUCGAGGUCCAAGAACUUACGAGAACUGCCGCUGAUAAAGUAUAGUAGCCUGCAAAGUCCAGUUUACACGACAUGGAAUCACAGAUACAGUGAUAACAGACAACGGACCUCACAAAAAUCUCCUUAAACAACAAAUCAACGAAGGCACUAGAGAUAAAAUGGCUGCUCGGAAAUCACGACAAAUUCGCCAUUAUAACAAGACGCACCAUCCCCUUAAGCCAUUAAAAAAAGGAUCAAGCUAUACGAACGAAAUUACCAAAUGCAACAAAAUGGACCCUUGGAACGUGUACCAGGGUUUUGGAUAACAGAUCGUACGAUUUAGUUGUGAGUGGAAGGAAAUACCGACGAAAUCGCCGACAACUCCGGGCAUCGGAAGGAAGACCUCCAACACCAGCUGGUAUGGAUCCUGAGGUUGGAUCUGAGCAAAGUAGUAGGGAACCCGAGAACCGUUCGAUUGUAAAUGAACCCAAUCUCGAACACGUACCACUAUUAGACG